AUGGGAGUUGUGAAAUAUGAGACGCGGGCCAAUGGCCUUGAAUUGUCAGCCCAACGCUCAACUCAACCCAACCCAACAAACCCUUCUUCUCCCACCUCGCCUCUCGUCCCUCAUCGCCUCUCCCACCCACCUCGCCAUCACCUCUCCCUUUCACCCAGCCGUUCGCCUCUCCCUACCAUCCCGCCGUCGUCUCUCCCUCUAACCCGCCAUCGCCCUCCCGCCAAUCCCGCUGUCGCCUCUUCCUCUCACCCCGCGGUCGCCUCCCUCCCAUCGCGCCGUCGCCUCUCCCUCUCAUUCGCCGCCGCAUCUCCCUCUUACCCGCCAUCGCCUCUCCCUCCCAUCCCGACGUCGCCACCCCCGUCGUCGCCUCCCCCUCACAUCCCGCCGUCGCCUCCCCCUCACAUCCCGUCCUCGCCUCCCCCUCACAUCCCGCCGUCGCCUCCCCCUCACAUCCCGUCCUCGCCUCCCCCUCACAUCCCGCCGUCGCCUCCCCCUCACAUCCCGUCCUCGCCUCCCCCUCACAUCCCGUCGUGGGCGCUUGCGCCUAAGCCGCUUGCGCUUGGGGCGCUGGCACCCUCGCGCAUGGUGCCCUGCUGCCAUGUGCAGCCUUUCCUCGUUGGCCUCCCCCGUCCUUCUUCUCCCACAAAGCCCCUUCUCUCCGCCCAACUCUCCCCUUCUUCACCACAACCCUCUCCAAUACUCGUCCCCCUCUCUUUGCCCACCUCCCACCCCAUCCUCUUCAUCACCACAACCCUCUCUACUCCCAUUUCCCUUCUUUCUCCCCCCCUUCCCUCCCCCCUUCAUCCCCCCCACCGGCUCCCCUCUCUCUCCCUCAGUUUCGCAUCCCAUCGCGUUCCGUUCCCCUGCUCUGCCCUCAACGGCAGCAUGCUCCCUCCUCUCGUCGCCUCUCUCUCAUCUGCCUCUGCCUCAACCGGCGCCCUCCACCCAUUGACAACCCUCCACCCGCCCGCGCCCCAUGAGUCAGCCCUUCAACACGCGCCUCUGUCCGCCUGCAUGCCGUCCACAUGUCACCAACCAUUCUGCCAACCGCGCUUCCACGCCACACGCCAUACACGGCACUGCGCUGCUGCUGGGGCAGGGGGGUCAGGAGGGCAGCAGCAGGUGAGCCUGACGGACGGGGAGCUGCAGGAGCGGGGCAUCGCGGUGCACUGGGACACGGCGCUGCUCGACUACGCCAAGCUCGACAACCUCUUCCACCGCGCCGGCUUCCCCCGCCGCGGCCCCAAGAAGCUGCAGCACGCGCUGGCGCACUCCACCCUCGUGCUCUGGUUCUCCGCCCCGCAACCUUCUCCUGCUGAGCCUCUCGCCUUCUUUUCCUCGCCCACCUCCCCCUCGCCCUCCCCGCCUGAGGCGGCGGUGGAGCCAGUGGCGUUUGCGCGCACGGCGGGGGAUGGCGUGUUCAACGAGGUGGUGUGGGACGUGGCGGUGGACCCGCGCCUGCAGGGCAGCGGGCUGGGCCGCGCCCUCAUGGAGCGCGUGGUGGGCGCGCUGCUGCGCCUGGGCGUGUGCAACGUGGGGCUGUUCGCGGAGCAGCGCGUUGUCACCUUCUACCGCCCGCUGGGGUUUGCCAUGGACCCCGAUGGCAUCCGCUGCAUGGCGCACCGGUCACAUGAGAAAAAGGGCAAGUGA